CAACCCUUUGUUUCAUCGUGGAAAGAGAGAGUUGGAGACAGGAGAGAGGUUUUGGUUCUGUAAAGAUGGCGGCUAUUGGUGCAAGAAGAACCCUGCAAUUAUCUUCAGCUUCUGCAAAAACCCUUUUAACAAAUUCGACAAAAAAGGCUCCAACUUCUUCUUUUGCUUCUAAAGCUGCUACCUCUGCUGGACUCUCCUCUAGGCCCUCCUCCUCUACUCGAUUCAAGCUCAAUUCCUCUAGGCUUCCUCUGGAGUUGGGUGCUGCACUGUCCUUGAUGCCAAUGCAUAGUGUUACUGCUUCUGCCUUGUUUACCUCAUUACUAUCCUUGCACAAUCAGUCUUGGGGAUGUCUAUCUGAAGGUUUAAAUGGACCUGAUGACUUUGUGGUAGUAUUCACCCUGAAGCCUCUAGUUAUAAUCUGUCUUCAGAAGAGCCAUUUGAAUUGAAGCACAGAAAUGCUUUUUGGUGGUGAAAGCAUGGAGGGAGCCUUGUAAUGAAGGAAACCAGAUCAAGAAAACCUCAACUGCAACAUUGAUUCUGAAGCUGACAACAUGAUAAUCGGGUAUAUGCGAUAUGGUUGCAUCAUCAGGGGGAUGAUUGUGAAAGGAUCAAGAAAUGAAACGAUUUCUGCUUCUCUCGAUCCUUUCCUGGCUGAAGCUUUUAUUUCUCGAGAAGCUCUAAGCUGGAAUUGAGGAAUGCUUGUAUUGAGUCCGAUGCUCUUCUUCUUCUUCUGGUUAAGGUUAAUGCCCUUCCUGGGAACUUUAUUGACUCUUCUUAUUUUGGAAUGCUUGUUCAGAUUGGAUAAUCCUUGACAAGGACUUAGCUAGUUAUCUGUAAUUUCAGCGAACUGAGUUGCACAUGCCCUUGCAAGGAAGCCUGAUUCUGAGAGUUAAGAAUCUGUUCCCCCUUUUUUCUUUUGGAUGUUUUAGCUAUUGGUUUGUCAUAAUGAAGAAAAAAAAAUUUGUCACUCCUAAAUUAACUUUUGUUUUCACCUUUAAAUUCUUUGCUU